AGUUACUUCCCUUAGAACGCUCACGUCUCACGUGAAUGACUAUGCACCAUUCUGAACUUGUGAGUUGACUGAACAAGAACGACCCACAGCGAUGUCGACUAUAGAAGCAAGGCGUAGUGCUGCUGUAGUUGGAGCCUUGGUUGCAGAUGCGGCCGCGGAGCCCCUGCACUGGAUAUACAAUGAUGACACUCUGAAAAGCAUCAUCAAUGGAAAGGAAGAGAUUGAGUUUCUGACGCCGUCAUCAAAUCCUUUCUAUGAGGUUGAAACUGGGGAACAGAGUUGCUAUGGUGACCAAGAAUUGGUCAUUCUGAGGUCCCUUGUGGCCAAUAAAGGGAUCGAUCUGGCAGCAAUGAAGAAAACUCUGUUUGAUGUCUUCGGACCCGGGUCAGUGUAUGAAAAAGCAGUACAAGAAAAGGAAAAGACUGGGGCCAAGCGUCUGAAGGGGCCAUACAGGAAUGGCUGUGUGCGGGAAUUCCUCCAGAAAUACAGCGAGGGAAAAACCAACACCGGUUCUGACACUGACGACCAGAUGGACUGUGUAAUCAGAUCUAUUCCAGUGGUAGCUCUCUAUGCUGGGAAAGCAGAUAUGUUGCAGAAGGUCGAGGAUUUCGUCAAAAUCUCCCAUAAUACCCCAGUAGCUGUUUCCUGUGCUCUGUCAUCAGCAAGAUUGCUGGAAUACUAUAUCGUCCAUGGGAAAAGCCCUGAUGCUGUGGAGCAGACGGCAUCCAAGCUAUCGGACGACCAGGCAGGAAAACUCCGAGCCGUCUUACAGAAGAAAGAUACGCCCCACAAUGACGUGGCCAAGGCUUUUGGCAGAGCUUGUACUGUUCCCGGUGCGUGGCAGACUGCCGUCCAUGCCAUCAUUAAUGCCACCGAUUUUAUUGGACCAGUGAGGACCACAAGCAGAGCAGGGGGAGGUAACUGCUCCCGAUCAGGCUACAUUGGGGCCUGUAUGGCAGCUCAGUAUGGUUUAGACAGCAUUCCUGAGUCGUGGAGGUCUCGAACAAAUCACUACAAGGAAAUCAAGAACCUCGCUGAUGAGCUUGUCAAACUUAUGUGAUACGUCCCUCCACACAUACUGUCCAGGAGUUACCAUGGGACCACAGACAUCUUGCCUGUUGGUAGGAAGAGAAGAGCUUGUCCAAUGAAAUGCACAGCACAGAUGUUCUGUUGACCAAUCAUGUUCUACAGCGCAGUCAGGCCAUUGAUCAAUAUUUGUUGAUCACCCAAUCUCUUUGCCAUAAUAAGACGAUAAUUUUUUACAAUUUCUAAUGAAACACCAAAUAUUGAAAAUAACGAAAAUUGUGUAUGAGGAUUAAACAAUGAUGUAUACAUGUAUUGGAUGCUUUUAGGGUUCUGGUGCCUGUGUACUGUGUUACCAUGGUUACAGGUGAAAAUAUUAAUGUUAUAUAUCCAGUGUUCUGCCGAGGCAGUUACCUUGUGGGUUUCUCUCCACAAUUUAAUAAUUGGUGCAUAAUAUUUACACUCUGUGGGACAUCGGGCGCAUUCAUGUUGAUGGGUUUAUUUUAUAUAAUUAUGGAGUCACUGACUGUCUUAAAAUUAUGUUACAUCACUUGGACACCUGCUUCAGUUAUUGAAUGUAAACAUCCUGAUUUUCGGUCUCCCAUGCAUCUGAGUUGCUAUCAGUGACUUUCAUUGGUCGAAGUCACAAAUGAUCCAAUCAGAAUUCAGCAUACACAGUUUUGAAAAUAAGUUGUCAUAGUUCUGAUAAUGCCAAAGAUGUUUCUGGUUCAAAUGACCCUGGUAUCGCAGAAAUCGCUUACCACAUCUUAUGUUUGCGAAACACAGAAAGUUUCGCAUUGGUCACCUGACAGUGACCAUGGUGGCAGACAAAUCUCAAUACGGAAGUGAUGACAGACAAGCUUUUGAGGCUAAGUAUGUGACAUCGGACGUUGCGGCUA